AUGGCUCUUGCUAAACUCUUGCACAAAACCAGACAGGGGCAGAAAAUCAAGACACUGCUAGAUCUGGUUCCUGACUUCCCAGAUAUGAAAAUUGUAUACUCUUACCUCCUGAAAUGUCACGCAUUAGACAACGACGUUGUUUCUGCAAAAACUCUGUUUGAGAAAAUGAAGUCUGAGAAUAUUCACACAGAUGAGAUAUUUCUAAAACGUUUGGCAGUUCUGCUGAAGAAUGCAGGAGAGCCUGUCCCAUUCACUGAACCCCCUGAGUCCUUCCAUUUCUACGUGAAUAAAUUGACACAAGAAAGGCAAGAAAUCUCCUCACAUGCUGAAUAAAUAUUUUCAUGCUUUGGUUGUUUGUGACUAUGAAAGAUGUUGAAUGUACUUAAUAUUGUUAGAAAAAAUAAAACAAUUGAAUAUGUAAUUAUUUCAUGUAAUAUAAUUUACUCAAACAUAGUUUGUGUUUAAAUCUGGCCUUCAGUGACUAAACUGUAACUGAGACAUGCAUUUAUUAGUGGAAAUACUGUUGACGCCUGUAGAGCUGCUGACUCAACAGUAGAACAGUCACUUAUCGCUGUCAUUUUUUUUUGUUUUACCUGAUGAAAGCUGACUGCACUCUGGCUCCUGGGUCCACUGAAGCUUACUGUAAAUACCCUAUAUGUAACUCACGUUUCAGUAUGGCUCUGAUCCAAAGCCCAGGGAAAUCAGUGAGCCUUUCCAUUGACUUCAGUGAGCUUUGGAUCAGGCUGAAAAACAGCAAAUUCCAUGGCUCUUAAGAACUACCAGCUAGUAGUUGGGACUGCAUUUGAAAGAAAUUGUCAUUCUGAUGUCCACUGCAGUGUGAAGUUGUACAUCAAAGUUCACACAUAUAUUCUUGUUAGUAAAUAUACACUCUAUACAUUUGUGGAAAGGUAGAAGCUGCUUGGUAAUACUUACCUAUAACUGCUCUAUCUUGCCUUUUCCUUCCUUUGCUGGGUCUCUGGACAAUGUUCUGUGAAUUGUUUGUUUAUUUUUGUUUUUUUAAGUCCACUUUAUUUUCAGUUAAUUUGUACGUACUGUGUAGAUCAAAUAAAACUGCACACAUUUCA